AUGUCAUCUGCGCUCCUCUCGCUGCUAAAUUCCCUAUCCUUCUCUCAUGCCUCUUUUCUUCCUCUCCUCGAAUCGCAUAAACCAUUCUCCAACCCUUCUUCACUGCCUCAAUCGACCCUUCACAAACUACUCAAUCGACUGAACUCUACUCUACUCUCACGGGAGGACAAUCCAGAAAGAAGAGCAGCAUGUGAUAUCGCUCGAGAGGUAGUGAGCAUGGAUGAGGAAGGUUAUGUUAUGACUAGUUUCGGGAAAGGAUGGGUCGGAACCUGUCUUGGAUAUAUCGCUGCUCCCUCAAGCCCUGUCACGAACACACCGUCAUACUUGUCUUUACUGACAACAAUAGUAACCUCAAGUUCUCAAUAUCCCUCUUUCGAGCGAGAAGUUGUACUUCCUGUGAUGGGAAAAAUAUCCGUUUCUCUAGGCAAGUUGUUUGAAAGAUGUCUAAUUGACAGCCAUCCUGAGUGGGAUAUCGUUCUCGAUCUUCUCUCGACCCUUCGUGUACUUCUUCUACAUUCCCCAGCAGCUUUCAGACCUCUUCUACCUACACUCAAGCCCUCACUUUACAAUCUCGUUCUUCAAAUACCUACUCCAUCUCGACCUUACCCUUCUACACCUAGUGAGAUUCGUCGAUUGGCGUCAGAUUUGAUAGCUAGCCUACAUGUCACAGCUGGCAAAGCCCAAUCCCCUCAGUCAUGGGGCAUCGAAAUCAAAGAAGAUUUAGGAGGUUUUGGAAGAGCAAUGAGUGCUAUUACAGUUGACGCCUGGGAAGAAGAACCGGUAAAAGCGCAACCUCCUACUGCAUCUUCUGCCUUGCCUGAAUUACCCAUUGAUCCGAUGAGUAGGCUGCCAGUUGCGUUAGAUUGGAUAGAAGGUUUUUCUGAAGCCAUUCUUGCGCUGUUAAGAUUUCCUACUGCUCGACCAGUACCUGUUCCCAUGGCUCAGAUAGUCUCUGCAGGUUUGAGAUGUGUUUCCCUGACGCUAGACACCCCAACCGUGUCGUACAUCUCUCCACAACACCAUGCUGCGUUACUUGCAUGUCUUCCAAGGAUCUGGACAGUAGGAGUGCAGCUCAUCGGAAGUGUUGCUAUCGCAUGUGGCGAUCACCUAUUCCCUCAUCUGGGAAGUAUACUGGAUCAUACCGUCUGGUUGGCAGAGCGAGUCCCGAGUACCAUGGUUGAUACCCAAAUACAACUACUUAAAUUCCAUAAUCUCUUUUUAACUUUAUAUCCUCCGGCGAUAGUCCCUGUUGAAUUCCCCACUAGGUUACUCCGAUUAUGCUUGACAAAGCUUCAACCGUUAUUAGAAAACAAAUCGAGAUCCAAUGAUUCCUCAUCCGCACAAGUUGGCGGUGGUAAAAGAGGGAAGAAGAGGGCUCGUGGAGCUGAAGACGGCUUGGUCGGUGGAUUAGAGGGAAGGGAAGGAAAGUCCAUAGGGCAAAGAGAAGGGGAAAUAAUUGUUCAUGCCUUAAAAUUGACACCCUUACUUCACGCAACACCGCUUUUUUCGCCGUCUUUACUCACAUUCUCUAUCCGACUUCACCUAUCUCUCUACCUUUCCCUGUCGUCCUUGAGCGGGAUCUUCACUUCUUCAGCUUCUUCUGCACAAAUACGAGAUACUCUGCAUGAUGUUCUUGAGAAAGCAGUACUUAUGACGGAGGGCGAAGGUGGUACCGCCAGAGGGUGGAAGAGCCUUAUCAUCUCCGUACUGGAUCAUCGAAGCGAGAUAAUAGCUCCAAUUCUACACCCUUCCUUGCCACCACUAAUGAGACCGAUGCCUCCUUUAUCACAGUUACACUUCUUUGUCAAAGAAGGUGAAGAAGAGCGGAAAGAAAGGAUAGCUAUGGGAUUUGGACAGGACGAGGAUAAUGACCAUUUGGAGAAUGAUGAGGACGAAGAUGGCAAUGACGUGGUCAUGAAACAGCCAAAUAGCCAGCUCAGCAGCAACAAUGUACGUGGAACGCAGACGGUAAAUCAGCACUCAACGGUAGAUGCAAGUUCUGCAACUGGUUCGGCCACAGCAUCCACUUUGCCUGUGAACGUGGUCCAAUCAACCUCCACAACACAGACGAUAGAAAAGCUCUCUCAGCCUCUUAUCCCGACGAUAUCGACUCCCGAUGAUUCUUCAAAUGCACCUCCUGUGGGUGGUCAACCGGCACCAGUCGUCCCCCUCGCGGAGCCUACUUCACCUGUAGCGGCAGUUGAGUCGUUCAUCUCAUUUUCGAAGACAACCACUAAAACAGUAGAGAAGGAAGGGAACACGGAGGAUGUCAUCAUGCUCCAAGAUGAAGAUGAUGAAGCACUACCGGAGCUGGAUAGUGGCAGUGAUGACUUUGAUGAAGACGAGGAUGAAGAGGAUGAUGACGAGGAGGAGUGA